AAGUAGAUAUGGCGGAACUUGGAGAUGCUGUUUGCGUCACAAGCAAUUUUAGCAGAAGUAGCAUGAUACAUUAGAUGAGACAGUCUUAAGGAGCUGGGUCGGAGACAAGACCGAGAGAAAUGGAGGAGGAUAUUAGAAAGAAGGGGAUGCUGUAUUUACAACAGCAGCGGUUUGGGAAGAAAUGGCGUAAGGUCUGGUCCGUGCUGUACCGAGAGAGCUCCUGCUCCAUCUCUCGCCUCGAGUUUUUUGAGUUUAAAGACGGAGCUGGCAACAAUCUGGAGAAAGCCAGCCGCAAACAGGAAAACAAAAAGGUGAUAAAAAUGAAUGACUGCAUUCGUGUUUCGGAGACUGAAUUUGAAGGCUGUCCACGGGAUUGUGGACCUUUUUUGGUGGAGACAACUGAAAAGACAUUUAUUUUCGCUGUUGAGAUUGCUGAACUUGAGGACUGGAUCCAGAAGCUGUGUGAAAUCGCCUUUCCGAUGAGCUGGACAGAGAGAGGAGCAGUGAGAGGAAACAGUUUACAAGCUGAAUCUGAUGACGUCACGAUGGCCAACAACACUCUCUACUGUAGCAGAGAAACUGCAAUGAAAGACUUUAAGGUGACGGUGAGGCGUACAGAGGCUUCUGAGAGAUGUGGCCUGAAAGGAACAGUGCUGUUACGGACUGAUUUUGAUAGCCUCCUUCUGAAGGAACCGAAGAUGGGAGAGGUUCUCUACUCCUGGCCCUACCGCUUCCUCCGCAGGUUCGGACGAGACAAGACUACUUUCUCCUUUGAGGCUGGGCGAAGAUGCGACUCGGGGGAAGGCAACUUUGAGUUCGACACAAAGCAAGGAAACAGUAUCUUCCAAUCUGUUGAGGCCGCCAUCAAUCAACAAAGAGCCAAUUUACCUCAGAAGCAGAUAUCAGGUGGGGAUCGAGAUACUGUGCCCCCUUCACCUCAAAUGAGAGCUGUGGCAGGAGAUGCAUGUAUCUACAGUGUGGUGACUGAGGGAGUAAUCAGAGAUGGAUCCAAACAACCUCAGAACCCUCAGCAAACCAGACUUGAAGCCACUGCAGAGAAACUUCUGACCGGAGUCAAGAGCCUGACCCUGGACACCAGGCCUCCACCACGAAAAAGCCAGGUCAAGAACUUCCGCAGCUGUCCUUUGGUCAACAGUGAGGAUGAGAUGUAUUCCCGGGCAAUGGCCCCUGAUCCAGAUCGGGGAAGUCCAGGGGAGAAGAGAGAACCAAAAGACCAAUGUUCCACAUUCUCCAACUCUGAGGACUCUGACUACUCACUGCCCUUUGACAACAUUGCCAAGAAUGUUAUGGGAGACAUUUUGUCUGCAUCAAACCCUCCACCCAUGUUCGUAGAACCCAGUUGUGAAAAUGACAAGAAAGGCAAUAUAGAAAACACAGAACCACUUUAUGACAUUAUAGAUGAAACUGCAAUCAGAAACCGUUUCACAAACAGAAAAACACAUUCUUACAAAAGAAUGGAGCACAUUUAUGAUGAACCAGAGGGUUGUGGUGUGGCUCCAAGUGUGCCUCCGUCACUCUAUGAUGAACCAGAGGAGGUCAAAGGUCAUGCUUGGAAGAUGUUAGGCACAGUAAUGGAUCCGAGUGGUCAUGAGUACCCAUACAAUGCUUCUGCCGACGACUAUGCGGUUCCUAAACCUCCCAGGAGGGCUUUGCUUUCAAAGCAGAAGGACAAUGAGGAAGAGGACAGUUCCCCCUAUGAUAACAUUAUGGUGAAAGGAGUGCAAAAGAAUAACUAAGGACUGCUUCAGAAUCUAAAGAGGACAAUGAAGUUAAAUAUAAGUGAGUGUGCGAAUGAAUGAAUGAAAUAUUUAAUCAGUUAAUACGCAGAAAUUGGAUAAUAGUCAUCAGAGUGCUUUACUCUUCUUUAAAAAGCUGUGAUCUGCAUCACGUAUCAUUAGGUUGGUCAAGAUGAUUUACAGUUCAAUUCCUCUUUGGGGGUGAAUCAAUGUAGCCUGACUUUUACCAAAUGUGCAAAAAUUGCUCUGUAACUGUUUUGUCAUUAUUUGAAUCACAGACACACACUUUAUGUAAAUUAGCCUUGUUUUAGAACAUGCACCAUUAUUCGUAGUGUUAUUAUAAUUGCGCUAUAUUGAUCAUGUAAACGUUUAUUCUUCAGAUGAUGGUAAAUAAUCACUGUUUAUUCAAACGAGCACGAUUUUGGCUGUUUAAGUGUACCCAUAAUCUAUAAUCAUCUACAUGCACUAAAAUAGCCAUAUGCAGUGAAUAACCUUUAAGUGCAAACACUCCUGUUUUUGUGUAAAUUAGGCUAAUUGUACGUAGACAACACCUUAUUCCAGCGCUAUUAACAUUGCAUUAUCUUGAUCAGGGCCCGUAUUCACAAAACAUUUUAUUUUACCACUAAGAGUUCUCCUAAGUAGCAGUAAAAAAUGUAUCUAAGAGUUUUCUCUUAAAACCUAUUCACAAAGCUGCUGAGACAAACUUUUAGAGAGAAAGGGCGGGGUUGAUCUCGUUGCCAUGGAUGAUGUCAGCUUGCUUACUAUCUAUGCCCACAGUGAUUCGCUGAUAGUCUCUGUCAGAGAUUUAUGCAUAGAAAUAUUGAUGAGUGCAAUAUUAUGUUACCAUAUUUAAAUAAAGGUUUAAAAAAAACUGCUAAUUGCCACAUUCAAAUAAAGAUUUUAAAAUGCAGGCUACAUGUCACUAAUUAAACAAGUAUAUGUUCAGCUGAUUGUCAGCCUCUUGCAUGUGUGUUUCUCAUAAUUGGUGAAUAUGCAUAUUAACAGCCAGGGGGAAGUCGUGGCCUUAUGGUUAGAGAUUCGGAUUCGUACUCCAAAAGAUGCAAGUUCGAGUCUCAGGCCGGCAGAAAUUGUAAAAGGGGGGAGUGAAUGUUCGGCACUCUCUCCACCCUCAGUACCACGAAUGAGGUGCCCUUGAGCAAGGCACUGAACCUCCAACUGCUCCCCGGGCACCGCAGCAUAAAUAGCUGCCCACUGCUCCAGGUGUGUGUUCACUGCUGUGUGUGUGUGCACUUGGAUGGGUUAAAUGCAUAGCAUGAAUUUCAAGCAUGGGUCACCAUACUUGGUUGUAACUCAUGUCACUUUAACCUUUUUUUUUAAAUUAACAUAGUGGAAUAAUCAUAGAUGAUAGUAAGGCAAGCAAACGUAAAAACAAACUUGACACAAGCACAGCUGUUACUUCUUGCCCAGGUGGUUAAUGAAAACAAGAAUAUAAUCAAAGGGAAAUUUGGAGUUGGGAUAACCUCUUCAACCAAAGGUGAUAUCUUUUUAAAAGCUCAUGAUCGUCAAAUGUUUCUUAAAUGUUUAUAUUCUGUGGCAGAUUGCCGCCAACAGCCAUUUUAGGAUAGUUUGUGGCUUGGUCUUAGUGACUUGGGAGUCCUCUUCACUGCUCCUAAUGUUUCACAGAUCUAGGAGCUAGUUUUAGUGUUAAACCAAUCUGUGAAACAUUAUUAGGGCAAAAAUGUAGGAAUCCUAAAUUUAGGACUGACACACCUUUUAAUUUUUAAGAUUUUCUUCUAAAUUGGUGAGUUAUGAGCUACUUUUAGCUUUAAGAUGUUGUGAAUAUGGGUCCAGGUGAACAUUUAUUGGUUAAAACUUUUAUUAUAUUAUAUUAUUUUAUUAUAUAGAGCACACUUUUGGAUUUGAAAAAAUAAAUAUAAAAUGACGGGAAUCCAGUUGAACCAGUAAAAACUAAACUAAACUAAACCAAUA